AUGCCAGCCGUUAAAGGAGAUGGUAUGCGCGGCCUUGCCGUUUUCAUUUCUGAUAUUCGUAACUGUAAAAGUAAAGAAGCUGAGCUUAAAAGAAUAAACAAAGAAUUAGCUAAUAUUCGUUCCAAAUUUAAAGGUGACAAAACCUUGGAUGGAUAUCAGAAGAAGAAAUAUGUUUGUAAACUACUAUUCAUCUUUCUUCUGGGAAAUGAUAUUGAUUUUGGACACAUGGAAGCAGUUAAUCUCCUUUCUUCCAAUAAGUAUACGGAGAAGCAAAUUGGAUAUUUGUUCAUUUCUGUUCUCAUAGAACAGAAUUCAGGAUUGAUGAAACUCAUCAUUCAAGCCAUUAGAAAUGACUUGACAUCUAGAAACCCAGUUCAUGUCAACCUUGCCUUGCAAUGCAUCUCUAACAUUGGUAACCGCGAAAUGACCGAGGCUUUUAACAAGGAUCUUCCCAAGCUUCUCAUUUCUGGUGAUACUAUUGACUUUGUCAAACAAUCCGCUGCCCUCUGUCUUCUCAAACUUUUCCGUAAUUCGCCAGAGCUGAUCCAGCCUCAUGAGUAUGCCAGCAGAAUUGUACAUCUACUUAAUGAUUCUCAUAUGGGUGUUGUUACAUCAGCCGCUUCAUUGAUUGAGCUCCUUUCAAAGAAAUGGCCUGAUGAGUACAAGGGAUGUGUGCCUUUGGCUAUCUCUCGCUUAAGCCGCAUAAUAACAUCUACUUAUACUGAUUUACAAGAUUACACUUACUAUUUCGUUCCUGCUCCUUGGUUGUGCGUCAAACUUCUCCGUCUUCUUCAAAAUUACCCACCACCGGAGGAUCCAUCAUACAAAGCUCGUCUUUUGGAAUGCCUUGAGGGUAUUCUCAACAAAGCUCAAGAUGCUCCAAAAUCGAAAAAAGUUCAACAUUCCAAUGCUAAAAAUAGCGUUCUAUUCGAAGCCAUUGCUCUCGUCAUACAUAUGGAUUCUGAGCCUAAUCUUCUUGUAAGAGCGUGCAACCAGCUAGGAACAUUCCUUUCCCAUCGUGAAACUAACUUAAGAUAUCUCGCUCUUGAAUCAAUGUGUCUCCUCGCUACAUCUGAGUUCUCUCACGAAGCUGUGAAGAAACAUCAGGAAACCAUAAUGAACAGUCUCAAGACUGAAAAGGAUGUGUCCGUUCGCCAACGUGCUGUUGAUCUCUUGUACGCUAUGUGCGAUAGAACAAACGCUUCUGAAAUCGUAACUGAAAUGCUAUCAUACUUAGAAUCAGCUGAUUAUUCUAUCAGAGAAGAAAUGGUUUUGAAAGUGGCCAUAUUAGCUGAGAAGUACGCUUCUGACUAUGGAUGGUAUGUGGAUGUUAUUCUGAAGCUCAUCCGAAUUGCUGGUGACUAUGUGUCAGAGGAAGUUUGGUACCGUGUUAUACAAAUUGUUGUAAACCGAGAGGAUGUUCAAGGAUAUGCUGCUAAAACAUGCUUCGAAGCUCUUCAAAAGCAGGCUUGUCAUGAAAACAUGAUCAAAGUUGGCGGAUAUAUUUUGGGAGAGUUCGGAAACCUCAUCGCUGGUGAUCAGAGAUCUUCACCACAAAUUCAGUUUGAGCUACUUCACUCUAAGUUCCAUUUAUGUAGCGUGUCAACUCGCUGUUUACUCCUUACAACUUACAUCAAGCUAUGCAACCUUUUCCCCGAAAUCAAACACAUAAUUCAAAAAGUUUUCCAAACUGAUCACAAUCUUCGUAACCCCGAUGCUGAACUGCAACAACGUGCUGUAGAGUAUCUUAACAUGAGUCAAGUUACCAGUUCGGACGUAUUAGCUACAAUCUUAGAAGAGAUGCCACCAUUCCCAGAGAAAGAAAGCAGUCUACUAGCCAAAUUGAAGAGAACUAAACCCCAAGUUGAGGAGUUUGAGACUGUGGAGAAAGAAAAGAAAACUAAGCCUGUUCUUUCUGCCAUCAUGUCAACAGAUAUUCCCGAUGAUAGUCCAGUUAAUCGUUCAAGUGAUCUUGGAGUAGCAAAGACAGCAGCUCCAUUGUUGGAUAUCUUUGGUGGAUCAACUGCUUCACCCACAGCUUCCGCAUCUCCUAGUACCGUAGCAGAACCAGUAACCGGAAUUGAAAAUUCUCAAGAUUAUCUAAAGUUUGUGAUCAAGAAUAAUGGAGUUCUAUACGAGGACGAUUUCAUCCAAAUUGGAUGCAAAAUGGAAACUAGAACAAACUUGGCUAGAUUAGGAAUGUUCUAUGGUAACAAAACCACAUUCACUUUCGAAGAAUUCGUUCCUCAAAUUAACUGUCUCGGACCUCUAGCUAAUCAGCUUCAAGCACAAGCUAAGCCAAUUGAUGGAAUCAUCGCAGCCGGAUCUCAAGUUCAACAGUUAAUCAACUUCAUAUGUGUCAGUGAAUUCAGCCAACCACCUACCCUCAAUAUUCAGUUCAAAUACAAUGAUCUGAACGGACAAUCUCAUAACUUCAACAAAUCUUUCUAUCUUCCAGUGUUUGUUAACAAGUUCUUUGAACCAACUGAAAUGACUUCUGAACAGUUCUUUGCUAGAUGGAAAACUCUUUCUCUUCAAUCUCAAGAAUCUCAGAAGGUGUUCUCUGCUAAACAACCCAUCGAUAUGGAGAACGUGAAACAGAAGUUAAUGGGAAUUGGAGCCAAAGUCCUACCUGAUGUUGAUCCUAACCCAGUUAACUUUGUUUGUGCUGGCAUAGUUCAUACAAAAGCUCUUCAAAUUGGAACUUUGAUAAGGCUUGAACCCAACAAGCAAGCUCAAAUGUUCCGCCUAACAAUUCGUAGUAGCAAAGAUACUGUAGCUAAAUUAUUGGUUGAUAUACUAUCGGAACUUUUCUGA